GCGUUGUGCGUGAGCGGAGGCGAGGCGAGAAUGACGGGCUUGAUGUGCUCCAGCCUUUAGGCAUGGCGUUGUAGCUUUCACCAAGUUUUUAUUGUGCGUCACAGCCUUGCAUUGGAAAGUGCAAUCCAGACGUUGCAGCUUCUUCAUCCAUCCGUCGCGCCUUCUCGGAUCGUACAGUUGUGCCUCAUAGAUCCCCCGCCAGUCCCGCAGACUGCAAACACAGACAUGGGCAGCCCGCAGGAACAAGCUACCGAGUUCAAGAACAAGGGCAACGAUGCAUUCAAGAAACAUGACUACCCCGCUGCUCUGGAGUCGUACUCCAAGGCGAUAGAACUCUACGACAAAGAGCCCUCGUUCUUCACCAAUCGCGCCCAGGCACACAUCAAAGUCGAAUCCUACGGUUACGCGGUUCAAGAUGCGGACAAAGCCAUCGAGCUGGACGCGAACAACAUCAAGGUACGAGCCAUACAAAGUACCCGGCGACGCAGACAGCUUACACCCAGUCCAGGCAUACUACCGCCGCGCCUCAGCCAACACCGCCAUAUUGAAACACCGCGAAGCCCUGCGCGACUGGAAGAUUGUAGUCAAGAAAGCGCCCAACGAUACGACUGCCAAGCUGCGCAUGCUCGAUUGCGAAAAGGUGGUAAAGCGAGACGCCUUCCUCAAGGCUAUUGAGGUCGACGAUGCCCCAUCAGCGGCCGAAGGACUGGACGUGGAGCACAUGGCGGUGGAUUCUUCAUAUGAUGGCGCCAAGUUGGGAGACAAGAUGACCCUUGAGUUCGUCGAGGACAUGAUCGAAAGAUUCAAGACCGGAAAGAAGCUAGCGAGGAAAUAUGUCUUCCAGAUCAUCAUGGCCGUCAUGGAUCUUGUUAAGAAAGAGCCCACCAUGGUCGAGCAUGAGGUUGCUGAAGGGCACGAGAUCACCGUCUGCGGAGAUACACAUGGUCAGUUCUUCGACCUCAUGAACAUCUUCAACCUUGCCGGCAAGCCGUCUGAGAAGAAUGCUUUCCUGUUCAAUGGCGACUUUGUCGAUCGAGGAUCCUGGUCUACCGAGAUUGCACUUUUGUUGUACGCCUACAAGUGGCUGUACCCUAAUAGCUUCUUCUUGAACCGCGGCAACCACGAAACGGACGACAUGAACCGCAUGUACGGAUUCGAGGGCGAAUGCAGGGCGAAAUACAACGAACGUGUGUUCAAGCUAUUCUCGGAAUCUUUCUCCGCGCUUCCUCUGGCUACACUUAUCGGCAAGAAGUUCUUCGUUCUGCACGGCGGUCUGUUCUCAGACGACAAGAUUACUCUCGACGAUGUCAGGAAACUAGAUCGUUUCAAGCAAAGGCAACCAGGGCAAGCUGGCCUCAUGAUGGAAAUGCUCUGGACCGACCCACAAACAGCACCUGGACGAGGACCUAGCAAGCGCGGGGUCGGUCUCCAGUUUGGUCCCGACAUCACAAAACGAUUCUGCGAAAACAAUGGUCUCGAGGCCAUUAUUCGAUCCCACGAAGUGCGCAUGGAAGGUUACGAAGUCGAGCAUGACGGACGCUGCAUCACUGUCUUCUCUGCGCCCAACUACUGCGACAGCACCAGCAACAAAGGUGCCUUCAUCAAACUCAAGUCUGACCUCAAACUCAACUUCACCAAAUUCGAUGCCGUUCCGCAUCCAAAUAUCAAGCCUAUGGCCUACGCUUCGAACGGUAUGCAGGGCUUGAUAUAAGAAGCCAGACAAAAGAAUUGGACUUGGAUUGUUCGCUUGGUUGUAGCGAUGCAUACUUCGGUGUUUUUGGCGCAAGAGCAUGCGGUUGGGUGGGAGGGAACUUG